GCCUUCCCCUCUCCCUCUCUCUCCCUCCUCUCUCCGCCGCCGCGCUCGGUCGAUCCUUCCCCCCCUUUGUGAAGCGCUCGGAGCGUCCCGGACACCGCCGACUUCACCAUGGCCGACGAGAAGCCUAAGGAAGGAGUGAAGACUGAAAACAAUGACCACAUUAAUCUGAAGGUGGCAGGGCAAGAUGGGUCUGUGGUGCAGUUUAAGAUUAAGAGGCAUACACCACUUAGUAAACUAAUGAAAGCCUAUUGUGAACGACAGGGAUUGUCGAUGAGGCAAAUCAGAUUCCGGUUCGAUGGGCAGCCAAUUAAUGAAACAGACACACCUGCACAGUGCUGUAGCCGAAGCCAUUUGCACAUUUGAACAACAGCAACAAAAUGGAUUGUGGCAAUGUUCUAAGGUAAACGGAGAAAUUAAAUAGGAGAAAGAAGAUGCAGUGGCAAAGUAGGCAAUAAAAUGAAAGUAGAAACACGGAUCUUCUCUGUAGGAGUUCUACAACGUGCCCUGAAGUUACGUACAAGAAUUAAUUCUAGGACAAGUUACCCACUGGCAGUUAUUUCCACAUCAUUUCUUUGCUUUUGAAUCAUGGUGACAUAGGUUAAAUGCACAAAGUGAUUAUAAUGAUGGAGGGGAGUGGGGCUGGGCUGGAGUAGUUGCAUAAAAAAUAAACAGGAAGAAAGGAAAUGUGAAAACAACCCAGCUUAUAGUAGUUGAAAGCCUUUUUUCUUUUUUCUGCUAUAGUUGGAAAUGGAGGAUGAAGAUACAAUUGAUGUGUUCCAGCAACAAACAGGAGGAGUUUACUAAAAAACAAACAAACAAAAAACAAACCACAAAAAAGAACCUGCUACUUUCCUCUCCAGAACUGUGCUCCCACAGGCAACACAUUCACAAUUAGAAAAAUAAGACUUGGUUCAGCCACAUCCUGACUACUGCAGUAUAGUUUUCUCUCUUCUCUCUCUUGAUUUUUUUUUUCCUAUUCCUUCUAUUGUACAUAAAGUAACUGGUGUAUGUGCACAGACAAAACACUUUUUUUUUUUAACUAAAUGGCCAAUGGUAUGUUUUGAUCAACAUUUAAUGGAGAUGGGGUGGGAAAACAAACUGGUUCUGUGAAAAUGCCCCUUUCUCCAUUAGUGGCAUGCUCCUUCUACUUUUAUCUUUAUAUUCCAGUAAGUUAUUUUGCUCUCAUUGUUUAAAAACAAAAACCUUACAUACUUUGUUUGAUUGGAUAAUUUCAAUGUUUUUCUUUUAUCAUUGUAAAACCAAGGACAAUUUUAUAACUUUUUUGUACGUAGCUGUUACAUUGUAGAGCAAUCUGUCUAAGUAGGGGUAAAUUACUCUUAAAAAAAAAAUCCUAGGUAGUUCUCCCUUCUAGUAAAGCGUCUUGUUGUUUAAAUAAACUUCUUGUUUAAAAUAA